AUGCCAAAGUUGUGUCAACCGGCAACCUUGGAGGACUUGGCGUUGAAAGGAUGCGUCAAAUAUUUGCGCGUGGUUGGGCAACAAAUUGUCGAAGUGCUCAAUGAGUCGCUCACGAUCGAGACGCAGCUUCCGGUUUACAUCGACAUGUUGAAUUUGCUGUUUGACAUGAAUGUCCCGUGUUACCUUUUUGAUAAAUUGAAGACAUUAGUUUUUGAGGAGAUUGAACAAAUGGUUAAGGAAAUUAAGAAAAACAUCGAUGCACGAUCCAAUCCAACGAAAUUUCUCACAAGAACGAGAAUUGCGGUGCAACUUGCAGAGGUUGUCAUGUCACGUCAUUUGAGGGUUUUAAGAUUUGACAAGAUGCCCAAAACCAUCCGACAACCUUUCUACAUCAACUUAAAUCGUUGCUCAGGUCUCGUCGUUCUCGACAUGGGAUCAAUGUCGGGCGGUUGGAAAACAGAAGAUGUCGAACAUUUUUACCUGAAUGGCUUGAACACGAUGACAAAUUUACGUUCUGUGACUCUCGCUUACGAUUGCACCGACAACAUCUUAGAUAUGCUCGCGAUGACGGCGCCUUUAAUUUCUCACAUUGACGUCUCAAAUUCGAAACUUAUCACGGAUCUCAGCGUGGAUCGAUUAUUGCGAUUCAAACAUCUUCAAUCUGUGCAACUUCACAGAACGUCUGUCACGAUGGAAGGUUACUCGUAUCUCCUCUUGUACUCUGAGCACCUUGCGGAUUUGGGAAAAUAUGACGAUAUUGGGCGUUUGUUGGAGUAUAUGGAUCAAUUGAAUCCACAAAAAACGAGAUUUAAGCUUCGGAAGUUCUUGACAACGUAUGCAACGUCGAAACAUUUGCAACUUUUGUGCGAAAAAUGUCCCGAAAUUGACACAGUUUCAAUUUUUCACAACAAAUUGUUGGUAGAUUUGACACUUUUGGUCGGUUUGAACAACUUGACGACGUUGAAAUUGCUCUCGUGCGACUUUUUCGGCGACAGAAUUCGAGAUAUUUUGAAAAUUAAAGGUUGUAAUUUGACACAUUUGCAUUUGGAGCACGUGGAUGAGAUCGAUUUGAACGCUUUGACGUACAUUUCGCAAUAUUGUCCCGACUUGAAGAUCCUUUCGCUCUACAAUUGUCAACUUUUGGACUCAACUUCGGUCUACAUUCGAAAACCAACGAUUCCGCCCUUCAUGAAUCUCGAACGAUUGACGUUUGCUGCUCAGGGCUCCCGAAAACAUUUGGAAUUUCUCUUAAGAGACGCUUACAGGAUCAAAUAUAUCUCCUUGGGAACUCAAUCUCCGACCUGCGAUCAGCUUUUCAGCAACAUUUUGGGCUGCAAUCCGCUCCAAUAUUUGGAAGAAAUGCGAAUUGUUCACUCGGAUGAAGUCACGAUCACAACAGCUUACAAACUUGCCAACAACUGCCCCAAUUUGAAGUACUUGAAAGAGCUCGAAGGAUGGACCUCGGUGAAAGAAAGCGAAAUUGAGGCUUUCAAACUUUACAUUAAAACGAGAAAUUUGGAUCUGGAUAUCACGCCAUGGCGAAAAGUCGGGAUGGAAUGAACAUCCGAAGAAAGUUUAAGGACCUGAAUGUGAUAAAUUUUUGGAAUUUUUCAAAAAUGAGACUGAAUUUUAUUUUUUUUACGAAAUCGAAAGAAGACUGCGCUUGGAUAGUCACUUUUGAGACCAUUCCAAGACGAAAGUCCCAACGAAAAACGAAUUUUUAAGUGUUAAGUCGUGUUAAGUUACGUUACGUUAAGUCUUAAGUUAGGAUAAUU